GAUGAUGAAGAUGUCAGUCUGCUUAUCCGCGUAAAAGUCUCCAAACGCUGCCACCGUUCCGUAAUUUUCGGCACCGAAAAGGUCGGCCGUCACAUCCUGAAGAGCAAAUGCGUUAUGUUUUUCCACAAAAACUAACAAAAAUGCCAAAAUAUUGAGUUUGAACAUCCACAUCCUUCUUCUAGUGCAGCUCCUCACAACAACAGCAACUGGAAUACGGCGCACGGCUUUACGACAGGACAAUAGCGGAAAUCCUUUAACUUGCUAGCGAAUUUGACACAGUAGUGUCAACAUGGCGAGCCUAGCAGAUGUCGGCUGGAAACUCCUGGAAUUCAAAGCCCGAGCAAAAAGAUCAGGUUCCAUCUAUGAACCUCUCAAGCUGUCCACUCUCCAGCGUGACGAUGAGCCCCUAUGGGAGAAGCUGGACCGUUACUACAAUGCCGUCAAGACAACCAUUCUGAACUACCAGAGUCCCACCACCGGCCUUUUCCCUGUCAAAACAUGCUCCACCUGCAAGGAGGCCAAGGUCCGGGACUCCCUCUACUGUGCUGCCAGCGCCUGGGCCCUGGCUAUGGCCUACCGACGCAUUGAUGACGAUAUGGGGCGAACCCAUGAAUUGGAGCAUUCUGCCAUCAAGUGCAUGAGAGGGAUCCUCUACUGCUACAUGAGGCAGGCUGAUAAGGUGGAGCAGUUUAAACAGGAUCCCAGCCCCUCCAAGUGUCUGCACUCUGUGUUUAACGUAGACACCGGUGACGAGGUUCACUCCUACACUGACUACCACCACCUGCAGAUCGAUGCCGUUUCUCUGUUUCUGCUGUACCUGGUGGAGAUGAUCUGCUCUGGUCUGCAGAUCAUUUACAACACAGAUGAGGUUUCCUUCAUCCAGAACCUGGUGUUCUGUGUGGAAAGGGCCUACAGGGUGCCUGACUACGGCAUGUGGGAGAGAGGCAGCAAAUACAACAACGGCAGCACUGAGCUGCAUUCCAGCUCUGUGGGCCUGGCUAAAGCUGCUCUGGAGGCCAUCAAUGGAUUCAACCUGUUUGGAAACCAGGGCUGUUCCUGGUCGGUGAUAUUUGUGGAUCUGGACGCCCACAACAGGAACAGACAAACGCUGUGCUCCCUACUGCCCCGAGAGUCUCGCUCACAUAACACAGAUGCAGCCUUGCUUCCAACCAUCAGCUAUCCUGCGUUUGCAGUAGAUGAUGAUGCCCUCUACAGUCAGACGCUGGACAAGAUUGUCCGCAAGCUGCGGGGCAAAUACGGCUUCAAACGUUUCCUCCGUGAUGGCUACCGCACCACUAAUGAAGACAAGAAUCGCCGCUUCUACAAACCCGCUGAAAUGAAGCUUUUUGAUGGAAUCGAGUGCGAGUUUCCCAUAUUUUUCAUCCACAUGAUGAUUGACGGGGUGUUCAGAGGAAAUAAAGCUCAGGUCAAAGAAUACCAGGACCUCCUUCAACCCAUCAUCUUCCUGUCUAGUGAGGGCCAUGCUGUGAUCCCCAAAUACUACUACGUACCGGCUGACUUUGUGGAAGCGGAGCAGAACAAGCAUGGAAGCCAGAAGCGUUUCCCUAGCAACUCUGGCCGUGAUGGGAUGUUCUUCCUGUGUGGUCAGGCCCUUUACAACAUCGCCAUGCUGCUGGUGGAUGAGCUGAUCAGCCCUAAAGAUAUUGAUCCCAUCCACCGGUACGUUCCCUACCAGGAUCAGCGCAACGUCAGCAUGCGAUACUCCAAUCAGGGUCCCAUAGACAAUGAUGUUGUGAUUCAUGUGGCCCUGAUCGCAGAGAGCCAGAGACUUCAGGUGUUUUUGAACACCUAUGGCAUUCAGACCCAGACGCCCCAGCAGGUGGAGCCCAUCCAGAUCUGGCCUCAGAAGGAACUGGUCAAGGCAUACCGUUUCCUUGCCAUCAAUAAGAAGCUGGGGUUGAGUGGGCGUCCAGAGAGGCCAGUGGGCUGCAUCGGCACAUGCAAGAUUUAUCGUAUCCUGGGCAAGACGGUGGUGUGCUACCCAAUAGUGUUUGAUCUAAGUGACUUUUACUUGUCCCAAGAUGUCAUGCUGCUGAUUGAUGACAUUAAGAACGCCCUGCAGUUCAUCAAACAGUGCUGGAAGAUGCAGGGACGUCCUCUCUUCCUGGUUCUCAUUCGCGAGGAUAACAUCAAGGGGAGCCGCUUCAACCCAGUCCUGGACAUGCUGGCCUCGUUCAAGAAAGGCAACAUCGGAGGGGUCAAAGUUCAUGUCGACAGACUUCAGACGCUGAUAUCUGGAGCAGUGGUGGAGCAGUUGGACUUCCUGCGUGUCAACGAGGCAGAGAUCCCGGAGUUUAAGAGCUUUGAGGAGCUGGAGCUGCCGAAGCACUCCAAGGUAAAGAGACAGACGAGCACGCCCAACGCCUCCGACCUGGAGCAGCAGCCAGAGAUCAAUGUGGACGAGUGGCUGCAGAAGCCCACCAAUGAGAUCAUCCAGAAGUUCCACGACUGCGACUGCUUGGCCAGUCAGGCUCAGCUUGCAGCCAUCCUUCUUAGGAGAGAAGGACCAGACUUCCUUUCCAGAGAUGAGAACCUGAGGGAUGAACUGGAGAGACUUUACAGAAGAGCUGGCAGCAGAAAGCUUUGGCCGGCAGUGCGCCAAGUUGCUGCCAUUAUCAAGAAGUUCGCCAGCUCUAUGGCUCCUCACAUCACCACAAUACUGGUGCAUGGGAAACAGGUGACCCUCGGCCUAUUCGGGCAAGAGGAGGAGGUGAUCUCCAACCCGCUGUCGCCAGGGGUGAUCCAGGGCAUCAUCUACAGCAAGUGCUCCCCUCAGGGUGGGGAGCGGGAGGCCGUUCUGCAGCAGGAGCUGGUCAUCCAUAUCGGAUGGAUUAUCUCCAACACCCCGGAGCUGUUCAGCGGCAUGCUCAAGAUCAGAGUCGGAUGGAUUGUCCAGGCCAUGAAACAUGAGCUGAAGAUCCGGGCGGGAGACAUGCCCCCCCAGGACAUCUACCAGCUGUCCCCCAGCGACAUCAAGCAGCUCCUGCUGGACGUCCUGCAGCCACAACACACCGGCAGGUCUUGGCUGAACAGACGUCAGAUCGAUGGCUCUCUGAACAGAACCCCUCUGGGCUUUCAUGAUCGUGUGUGGCAGAUCCUGGAGAGGACCCCCAACGGUUUUACGGUGGCUGGGACUUACCUCCCACAGCAACCGACACUGUCUGACAUGACCAUGUAUGAGAUGAACUUCUCCCUGCUGGUGGAGGACACGCUGAAGAAAAUCGUCCUGCCUGAGUACAGACAAAUCAUAGUAGAGUUGCUGAUGGUGGUGUCCAUCGUGCUGGAGAGAAACCCAGAGCUGGAGUUCAGCGACAAGGUGGAUCUGGACGAUCUGGUCAAGCAAGCCUUUAAUGAUUUCCAGAGGGAUCGCAGCCGCUUGGAAGGCAUAGAGAAACAGGAUGGCAUGGAGGCAUUCUACAACACCCCACCGAUGGGAAAGAGAGGCACCUCCAGCUACCUGACCAAGGCUGUUAUGAUCCUUAUGCUGCAGGGGGAUGUCAAGCCCUGCAAGGACGACCCGUGCUCUGUUAGCUAGAUUUACAAUGCUUUGACCCCUCAGCCCGGCCUGCUGCAGUGUAGUCUUUAAAUUGUCCGGCAAGAUCUACUGAGUAUCCAUCACAUUUAUUCAGAAGAUAACCUCUAACCUCUGCUAUCCUCCCUGCAGCAGGACUCGGCCCGCUCCUGAAAGCUACAUUCGCCCUGUACUUUGCCCUUAACAGCUACAGAAGCUGUAAGCAGAAGCCUCAAUUGGUGUAGAUGAGCAUGUCUGCAGUUUGCUCCAGUCGUUAACCCUCGUGUUGUCUUCCCGUAGACCGUGAACUUGUUGUCCUUCUGGGUCAAAAUUGCAAAUUAACUUUUUUUGGCUCUUUUUCCAACGUUCUUUGACGCUUUUUGAA